AAAGCCUUUUUCAACACAUUAGAUAAACUUAGUUCCAGUUUUAUAUAGGCUGGGGAAACCCCUAUUCUGAAAGAGUUUCUCCAGAAAAAUAGGGGUGAUGGAGUGAUGUGCCAGAUUGAGUUUAAUACAGUUUAAGUAACAUAAAUAACAGCAUUUGUCUUUGGAAUAAAAAUAAAGGGGAUUAAAUGGCACUAAUUUAAUCCUCCGUGAAUAUAUCACUGAAAAGGAGAAAAAAGAGAAAUCACUUCCUCUAUAUGUGGAUUAAAAUAAAAACUAAAAAAAAAACUCAUAAUACUCAAGAAGGAAAUGGGAGUGUCAAAUCCCAACAUGAUCUGAAUAUAAUUUCUGUAAAAAAUAAAAAAUAAAAAUAAUUAAUUAAAAACUGAUUGUUUAAGUUCAUUAGAGAAACUGAGCCAAGCACAUAAAGUUACAUGUUAAGAAAAAAUAUAAGUCUUUCCUGUUGUUCAUGGACAUAAAGGUUAAUAAGUGAUAAACUCAGUGUGUCCUCAAGUUGGGCAUCAUUGAUGACCUUUGGUCUACAUUGAGGUUAUAAACAGAAAAGCCCGUGUAUGUGUGUUUGUGUGUUACUUUAGCCUCUAAUCCACACCAUGGAUCUCCAACACACCCUUACAUCUGGAAUAUUAAUUUUAUUUUUGAUUAAUGCCUGUUUUUCUGACAACCCAGUGGAAGAAGAGGAUCCAAGGUUUUGGAACAUAAAGGGGAAGGAAGCUCUCAUCUCGGCUUUAUCUCUGAAACCGAAUGUUCAUCGAGCCAAAAAUCUUAUCCUCUUCCUUGGAGACGGUAUGGGAGUUUCGACAGUGACAGCUGCUCGGAUUCUGAAAGGGCAGCUCGCUGGUAAAAAUGGAGAGGAGACUCUGUUAACCAUGGACAUGUUCCCUCACCUGGCUUUAUCCAAGACCUAUAACGUGAAUCAGCAGAUGCCGGACAGUGCUGCUACAGCUACAGCAUAUCUGUGUGGCGUGAAAGCUAAUUAUGGAACAAUGGGUCUCAGUGCUACGGCUCGGAGGGGUCAGUGUAGCACCACCAGGGGCAACGAGGUCAAAUCAGUCCUCCACCGUGCCAGAGCAGCAGGGAAAUCUGUGGGUGUUGUGACCACCACCCGAGUUCAGCACGCAUCCCCAGGGGCAAAUUACGCCCACACUGCUGAUAGAGAUUGGUACAGUGAUGCUGAGAUGCCUGCUACUGCAGUGAGUGAAGGCUGUAAAGACAUUGCCUACCAACUCGUCUACAACACUGACAUUAACGUGAUUUUAGGUGGAGGGAGACAGUAUAUGCUCCCUAUAGAGACUGCAGAUCCUGAAUAUCCUUCAACCAAUGGCGGGAGAAAGGACAAAACCAACCUGAUCAAUGAGUGGCUCAAAAACAAAAAGAAUGCCCAUUAUGUGUGGAAUAAAGCUCAGUUCAAUGCUGUGGAUGACAGAAACACAGAUUAUUUAAUGGGUCUUUUUGAGCCAAAAGAUACCAGGUACGAGCUGGAAAGGGAUCCAGAAACAGAUCCGUCACUCACAGAGAUGACGGAAAAAGCAAUCAAGAUCCUCAGCAAGAACCCUAAUGGAUUUUACCUCUUUGUGGAAGGUGGUAGAAUAGAUCAUGGCCACCAUGAUAGUAAAGCUAAACAUGCGCUGUAUGAAGCGGUGGAGUUUGACAGCGCUAUUGCCCGAGCAGCCGAGUUGACCAGUGAACUGGACACCAUGACUGUUGUCACCGCUGAUCAUUCACACGUGUUCUCUUUUGGCGGAAACUCACCCAGGGGGAAUCCAGUACUGGGACUGUCUACUAAAAUUGCCACUGAUAAGAAACCCUUCACCACCACUCUGUAUGGGAACGGACCAGGAUAUAUUGCAAAUCGAACACGGCCGGAUCUUAACUACACUAUUACAAGCAGGAACGAUUAUGUCCAGCAGUCUGUUGCUCCUCUCUCAUCUGAAACGCAUGGUUCUGAAGACGUGGCCAUUUUUGCAAAAGGCCCGAUGUCUCAUCUUUUCCACAGUGUUCAGGAGCAGAGCUACAUUGCUCACGCUAUGGCCUACGCCGCUUGCAUCGAGCCCUACGAAGACUGUCACCUUCAGCUGACUCCUGAACAAGACCGAAAUAAUGCCAUUUUCAUCAGGCUCAGUGUCUCCACCAUGCUGCUCAGCCACUUCACUUCUCUCAUUAAUUUCUUCUGAAGGAGCUGUGCUUGACACUGAACACUUAUUUCCCCUACACAUUAUGUAACAUGGAGAAAUAUUUUGGACUUUUUUCUGAGCAUAUGAUAUAAAUAUAAUAAUGUAAUAUAAUAAAUGUAUAUGUAAUUAGCGCAAUGCUAUUAACGUAUCAAUAACAUACCUUGUAUAGAUUAAGUCUACUAGAGAUAUCAGUUGUAUCUUUAUUAUUAACACAUUUUACUGCAUUUUAUAGGAAUCUGUGUCAUGUGUAGGAAUGUCAUGACUAAAAAAAGAACCAAACAUACUUGAAAUUACUAUGGCAAUAUUUAUGAUGUACAAAAUGCACUGUUUAGGACUGUCACAUGAUGCAGCUGAUUUCAGAGGUUAUAUUCAAUAAGGGAAAAAAUAGUUUUAAAAAUCAAAGGUAUUCACUGGAGUCUGAAACAAAAAUAUUUUAAAUUUAAUUUGGGAUUUUGUGUAGGCAGAUAUAAAGAUAUACCAUAGACAUUAAUAAAGACAAUAGUUUAGAGAGCAACAGAAAUCAGAAUAAUGACUUAUGUUAAAUUACAGUGAUGGUUAAAAACAGCCUUAAAUUUACUGUCAAUAAAUGUGAACAUUAUGCACAAAAUGAUUCAAAUAUUGUCAUUAAUGCAGGUGGCUCACUAAACUCCUCUGUGAGGAAAU